AUGGAAGGAAACGAUUACUAUGAGAUUCUCGGUGUCCCCAAGAAUGCUUCCGAAGCAGAAAUCAAGACUGCCUAUCGCAAAAAAGCUCUCAAAUGUCACCCUGACCGCAACAAGGACAAGUCUGCCAAACAGCAAUUCCAGCAAAUUGGUGAAGCAUUUGAAGUGCUUGGUGAUAAAAAUAAACGUCGACAAUACGACAGAGAGACGGCUGGCGGCAAGCGAUCGUUUGGUACAUCUGUGAAUGCAGAAGACACUUUUGCUCAUUUCUUCUCCGGCUCUGGUUCCACUGCCUAUUUCUCUACCAAUGGUACAUCCGGUAAUCCAGAAGACCUCUUUUCUCACUUCUUUUCCUCUUCCUCUGCCAUGUCUCAAUCAAGCAGCGAAGAUGAAGACUUUACUGAUCUGUUUCGCAGCUACAUGCCCAAACCUGCAUCUCCUCCAUAUAGUACAUCCAGCAGAAAGAAGUUUAAAUCAGCCAGACGACAGCCCUCAACUUACUACCCCCCACCUUCAUCAUUCGGGUUUGAUGAAUUCUCUCGCAACCAUCAAUUCCAAGAAAAGCCUCGAUUUGUCAAGCGAUCUCUGCCGGUGUCAUUAGAGGAUUUGUAUACUGGUACCACCAAGAAGCUCAAAGUAACCCGCAGUCUCUCCAACGAAACGACAGACAAAAUACUCACUGUCAAUGUUAAGCCUGGCAUGAAGACAGGCAGCAAGAUCUCCUUUCCUUCAGAAGGCGAUGCACUGCCAUCAGGAAAGAUGCAGGACCUUGUCUUUGAGAUUGAGGAAAAGCCUCAUGCUUCAUUCAUUCGACAUGGCGACAACCUGCAAACAACUGUCAAGCUCACCUUGAAGGAGGCUCUCACUGGAUUCAAGAAAUCGAUCCCGCGCUUGGAUGGCCAAACCGUAACCACUGUAGAGACACAGAACCGCAUUAUUCAAAAUGGACAGGAAGAGAUCCUUAUAGGCGAAGGCAUGCCCAACGAAGAGACUGGCGAGAAGGGUGAUUUGAUUGUACGUUUCCAAGUAGAGUUCCCUGAAUCAUUGACACCCGAACAAACUGAAGGUUUGAAGAAUAUUCUCUAA